AUGGAAAUGUUGGGAUCACUCGUGGAGCUUCACCACAAGACGACCUACACGAGCAAUUCGUUUGUCGAUGCUGAUACAGCCUACCUCAAAAAGUUCAGCCUCACACGGGAAUUCGGGCAUUACCAUGGUCUCAUCGACGAGACUUCGGACAACAGCCCGAAGGCAUGUAUUGGCCCAGACCGGGAGGGGUCCAGAGGAGCGAUGUCCAAGCUCGAGAUCAUCAAGCUGUGGUAUGGCCACACGCUGAUGCCAAUGCGACACAUGUACGCCUGGGCCGUUCCCUCGCUGAAGGCCUUGGAGAUGAUUCAGCGAACUGUUGAUCACAACGGCCUCCAGGGCGUGAUCGAAAUUGGAGCCGGAACCGGGUACUGGGCCAUGCAGCUUCAGCGCCGUGGAAUCGACGUCGUUGCCUUCGAUAGGGAUAUCGGGGGUUCUAACAGGUAUUCGACAUGUCCCUUUGUCAGCAAGCCAAUUCCCUUUCAUGACGUCUUCUGUGGUGGCCCCGAAGUCCUCCAACAUUGUGGGUACAAGUCCCGUGCCUUGUUUCUUUGCUAUCCCCACCCGGGGAACGAGAUGUGCAUGGAUGCCUUGAAGAAUUUUGAGGGCGAUUUCCUCGUGUACGUCGGAGCUCUUGACCGCUUCCACCCAGUGAGCGCGGAGCUCUUGGAGUGCAAGCGGCCGCCUCCGCCCAACGGGGUUGGAACGGGGCACCCAUCAUUCUUUAUGGAGCUGAGCAAGAAGUGGGAAGUCUUGGAUCAGACUGCACUCCCAUGCCACUUCUUUUGCCACGAUCAUCUUGUGGUGCUCCGUCGGUGUUCCCCGCGGCGGACCUCGUCGUCGCGGAAGCCAGAGUCAGAGGCCCACGAGAGACUGAUUCCCAAGUGGAGAGCGCUGUCUGCAGAAGACGCGGCAAAGCAUGUGCGCGAGGUCGAGUUGGAAAACUGGAAGCGGUUUGACACUGCAUGGCAGAAGUACGCAAGAGUGCAUGGCAUCGUGUCAAACCUUGAGAUUCCGUACGAUGCCAUUGCUGAAUCGGCUAUCGGGCUUGGCACCAGGGCGUUGGGGAUGUCCGAGUCUGAGCGCGAGCUUCAGCUCCAGCUGAAGGCUGAAUGCCAGAAUGCAGAUCCGAGCGCACCCUGGAAGGAGUGCCUUUCCCGGAUGAUUGCAAAGUGCCCAGAGGUCACAUCGGAGAAGUUCCAUGAACACUUGGUGAGUGUUUACCCGAACUUAACCAAGAAGGAAGUUAAGAACAUGCGAAAACGGUACUUCGGCUACCUCAUGGCGACACUCUAUGUGGCCGUGGUCAUCGGCUCCGUGUGGAACACCUUUGAGCUGAUCUUGAAGGAGCCACCCAAGGCUCUCGGUUUGGUCCGCCGAGAAGUACCGAGAGUGGCAAUCUACUUCAUCACCUUUGUCCUCGCGCGCGUGGGGAUCAGUCUGCCUAUCCUGCUCUUCUAUCCCGGAAUGCCUCUCCGCCUGCAGUUUUCUCUUUGGGAGUUGGAGCUUGUUUGGAGUGUUUGA